CUUCCAAAUUUAAUUUAAUCUUGUUGCUAAACAAAGGGAGAUACUUUGUGCUACAAAUCCAGAAAGGGAUCAACUGUAGAGUAUCUAAGUCUUCACCAGAAUAACAAAACAGAAAAGAAAGGAAUAUCCCUUGUCUUGUCUUCCAUUGUAUUUGUGAUUUGAGAUCUUGCAGUUCAACAUCUGUUCAUUCAUUCCUGAGCCACACUGGCAUCAAAUUUUGUUAAGGUUAAAUAAGGAGUCACUUAUUGUCCUUACCUCAUGUACCUGCCAGUAGCUUGUCUCAAUACUGAUGCCUUUCAUACUUGACAAGAGUAUAAAAGUCUUGAUUUAAUUUCUCAUCAGUAUUUGAAAGGGAAGCCAAAGAGAGAACCCUGCCAACAGUCUUUAAAGCCAAGAUUGGGAGGCUAGUUGUGGUUGGUUUUUACUGUCUUAAAAGUUAAUGUUCUUAUUCCUUUUCUAAUUCUUGACAGAUUAAACUUAUCCUACUGCUUUCUGAUGGAUGCACCAUUUUCCUUUUUUACUAGCUACAGGAUAAGAAUCCAGGAUCCAAUAAUAUGUGCUAGGUUUGGAGGCCAUAUAUGAGGCCAUUCCAGGAAGCACUGUGGGCUAAGCCCAAGGCAUCAGCCAGCAAUAAUUGCUAGAAACAGACUGAAAAAGAACAGAAUAGGCUGUUGCCUUCCAAGGCUAUUUCUAUUAAAUAUCCUGACAAGAAACAAGGGAGAGAAGUAGAGAACAGCCUCCUUUCCCAGACCCUGAGGAGAAAAUGAAUCGAUUGUUGCAAGAGUCAGAGGAAGAAAUCAUGGUCACCUUGGGACCCUCCAGGCUUUUCCUAGAUAAGGCAAAGGCAGAGACUAUGUAUGGCAUCAAGGGCAAAUCCUCAGAACCUGUUGGAUCCUUACCAGAGGACAAUUCCCUGCCCCCUUGCUGUGGGUCAACAGCCUCAGCCAUUGGUGGAGAUAGAGAUGGGGACCUGGCCCAGCUUUGCAGCUGUGGGAAGCAGGCCAACAGCCAACUUCCUCUGGAUUCUAGUGCCUGUGUUUCAGAGUCUGGUUCUCAGGACCUCUCAUCUGCCAGCAUUACUACAAGCUGCCAAGAGCUCUCAGAAAAGAACCAAGCCAAGUCCCUUUUGUCCAGAGGCCAUGGCCAGGCCUAUAGUCAUGAACAGAAAGAGCCUUUGGGUGAUGUAGUAGACUAUAUUAUCAGAGAACUACAAGGCAUCAGCCGUCUUCAGACUGAGAUUGCUGAGCUGCAGCAGCACUUGAACCAAGUCCGUGGCUCAGUUGAUGAAGUGUCUAGCUGCGUAGACUCAGUGCUGAGUGAAAUAGAAGGCUUGCAUAUAGGAAGCAGCUCUCUGGCCAAGUUAUGUGAGGAGGAAAAGGCCCAGGAACCCCACAUGGAAAGACAUGAUGGGGAAGCCAUCCUUUACCUAUACGGACUUCCUGAACAAGAUUCAGAAAAUACUAUGGAACUUGUAGACAACUUCCUAGCCAAGCACCUCUGUGUUAAUGGCAUGCAGUGCGAAAGAUACAUUAGAGAGGCAUUUAGGGAAGGCACAGCUCCUGCCCCUAGGCCCACUGUGGUGAAGCUUGCCCAUCUAGAGCACAGAGACUUCAUCUUGCAGAAAUCCAUCCUUUUGCAGAGUGUUGGAGUCAGGGUUGCCACCAGAGAAGAACCAGAUGGGCUACCAGGCUGUAAGAAUCCCCCAAAAGAAUCUAUAUCAUCAUUGCAACAACUUCAGGAUUGCAGUCAAAAUUCUUUAAAGCAGAGCAAACCAGUUCUUCAGAUGGAAAGAGGGGACCGAGUACCUAUGACAGGAUCAUACCAGAUGAAGACUCAGAAUCAACAUAGAGAACAUGAGGUUUCUGAGCAGCAAGACUCUUGCUUCCUCCUCAACAACAACUUAGCAAAGCAAAGUGAGGUGUCUAAGCCAGAGGAUGUAAAUGGAACAUCAGGGGCAUCCCAGGUUAUCAAUGGCAGCUGUGAUGAACUAGCAGGGAAAGAGGCUUCUGUGUCUCCCCUCCAUCAACUUGAGGAUCCUACCUUAGUGCUAAUCUCCAAAGAGGAAGAUUUGGGGAAAUCUCAGCUUUUCAAACAGUUCAGCCAAGAACUUGAAGCAUGUAAAGUAGCAAAGCUAGAAAAUGACUACAGCAAUAAAAGUGAGAUCAGGAGCUGCCUGUCACUGCCUGGGUCAUUGAAGACAGAGAGAGUGAAUGUAGAGGACAAGCUUCUGAGUUGUGAGGCUGGCCUUAAUAUUUUGAGCUCAAAACAGCUGGAGGACCUUUUGGCAGACAAAUCCAGAAGGUUUGCCACUUUGAGCUCUGAUAGCAUGAUGGAGGAAAUGAUCUUAGGACCUGAGACCUUCAGUAACAUGGUUCAUAUUGACCUGAAUGAAGAGGAAGAAUGUGCUGCUCAGGUCCUUAAGAAUGUUUUUGACAAGUCUUCUUGUUUGCUGGGUGACUCACAGGAGAGUGAGGAUGUGGAAAUCAAGUUUUACACAACUAAACUGGGCCGAGCAAUUCACCACUUUCGUUCAGCCCUGCAGGGAGUGUUUCAGAAGCUGGAUAACAGUGGGUCACUGAGUCCUGAGGACCUGGAAAGCAAUGAAAGUGGUUCCCAAUCAGAGAACAGUGAUCAGCUUCUUGGGAUAGUGAGUUCAGGAGGUGCCCAGGAUUGUUCCAUAGAGAGUCCUGGAAGUCAGGGCACUGAGAGUUUGCUUAGUGUGAUUUCUGGUGGCGCAGGCACCUCCACACAAGGCGAACAAAUCUCUCAAGACCCAAGCAACUUCUCUCUUGCUUCUAAUAACUUGCCUCUUGCACACUCCUUUCCAAGUUUUCCUCUGGCCCCAUGUUUGGGAAAUGAGAUGUGUACCAGGCCUGAAUCUCCUAAACAAGGCAGACUUCGCCUAGAACAAGUAUGUGCAGAGACUAUCUACCUUAGCAAGUGCAUCGACAAUUUUAAAAAUGUUCUAAGAGAGAAAAGACUGAGGCAGAAAAAACUUUUGCAUGAGCUAGUUCAAAAGGCAAGCCAUCCCUCACCAGAAGACAUAUCAUCAGGUAUUCUGAGUUUCUAUGUAAUUGGAUUGAUCCCAGCUGUCUUGGAAUGGCAGUCCAUCUGGACAGCUUGGGACUUGUAUGGUGGCAAGUGAUGGGUGAGGUUCAUGGCAUGAAUCAGUAUAAAUAAAUAUAAAUGAGUACAAUGCCUCUGGGCAUUGGGCAUUCUGUCCUUGGAAUUCUCAGUCUAUUGGAGGGACUAUAGAAAGUAUAUUUUGAGAGAGUGUGGCAGUACAUACCUAUAAUCCCAUCAAGCACUUGGGAAGAUGAAACUGAAGAGUCAAGAAUUUGAGGCCAGUCUAGGCUACAUAAUCAGGCUCUGUCUCAUGGGUUGGGGGGGGGGGGAACCUUUGUAAAAGAGAAAGGAAUGAGGACUAUCUGGGCAGAAGUAGUUUGUAGGACUUUUUUUUUUUUUGCAGGACUUUUAGGAUAUUCAAGAAUAAAGUCAAUGUUGGAAGCAAGAGCAGGAGAUGAGACAUAUUUGCUCAUAUGGAUCAGAAAGGCAGAGAAAAAGUCCUGUGUUAAAUCUCCAUGUUUUUCUUUUUGGGAUAAGAUUUUCAGUUUCCUAACAGCAUUAGUAGAACUUCUUAACUCCACAGGCAACUGUGGGAAUUUCUCACCACGACCUGUCUUUCCUAGUCUUGCUUUUGCCAACACAGAACCUUAUUUCUGGCACAUCCAGGAGCCACUUAUAGGUCUUUUCCCAAGGGCCCAACUGCCCUACAUGGAGUUAUAUCCCUUUUCUUUUCCAGCUAAGGGUUGCUUAUCUGAGAACUGGGAAAUGGAAUGGUUUUCGACUACAGGAACUGAGAACUUUUUUCUAGGCAGUAUGGAGAUAAUGUAGUUUUAAAUUUUCUUCUCCCAACCAAAAUUAAAUUUAUCUAAAAAACAUGCUGUAUUCAUCCAGUUUUAAAUGUAAAUAUGGUUGUCCUCUUUUGUCCUGAUUAAUUUGCCUAAGGCGGAACUGAAAUUAUGAGGCAUAUUGUGUAGGCAAAAGUGUGAAGGAACAGGUACUCAUAAAUGUUGGUGGAUGGGACUGCAAAUUGGUAUA